ACGUAUUUUUUGCAGCAGCGCGAGUUGUACUGCUUUCAAGCAGAAAAGAAAGGAGAUUUUGUUGUUUAGCUGUUGUCGCAAUGUAGGUCGUAGAGUGUCUAGAGCUUUUGCAGUUGAGUGGCUUCGUUUGUGCAGUUGUCAAGUAGCGAGAAAGUCAGUAGCCUGAGGGCGAACAGUAACGUAGCUAGUUGUAGUGUCGCCUCUUCCAAGAAAGUGUAGGCUGUAGUCAGGUAGCGAGAGAGAGUCGGUAGUCAGAGAGAGUGGCCAGAACUGACGGCCAGCGCUAGCUCCUCCAGCCAUGGCCUCCCCCCGCCCCUCGUCUCCCGACUUCCACGACAAGAAAUAUAUGAUGUUCACCAGAAACAAUGUCCAGAGAGCUGUCAGGAACGUGAGGAGAACUUAUAGUCUGGGGCGCUAUUUGGCUGUCCCUCGGAGGAGACUGGGAGAAAUUCAGAAUCAGUUCAGAGGAGAUGAGGGACGACAGGUGGAUGAAUAUGUCACCUACUUCAUGGACCACGACCCACUAGCCUCCUGGAGACGAGUUAUUGUUGUUCUUGAUAGGAUGAAAUUGUAUGGAGAGAAAGAGGGUGCAGAUAAGAUACGACAUAUGGCGGAGUCUGUCACAGACCCCACACUCACUAUCAACAACCUCCGUCACGUCACCUCUUCAGUCCAGGACUGGUAUGAUCUGGGAAACUAUGACUAUGGUCUUGGUGUUCCUCCUCCUGUGCUGGAUGAGAUAAAGGAGGAACCUGUCCUGACAGAGGAGGAGAAGAAAACAAAGGUCCUACUCUACUUCCUCCACAAUGCCCCAAUGGUCUCCUGGGAGAAAGUUGCAGGAGCACUGUACUGGAGGAAGGAGGAGAGGGCAUUACAGGCAGUGAAGCAGUUCCUGCCAGUCUCAGCAGAGGCCAGUCUCACUCCAGAGAACCUCUCCACAGUUCUAGACAUCAUGAGUGGCGGUCUGUGGAGGUCGUUUGGUGGAUUUGCCAACAUACCAGACUCUGAGUUGGACAGGAUCAAGGAACAGUGUACCAGUGACAGAGAGUGCAAACAGGCCCUGAUUCUCUCUUUCAUCUCAUCACAUCCAGCACCAUCCUGGACUCUGGUGGCACGGGCUCUCUACAUGACUGAGCGGAGCGAGAGUGAGGGCAGUAGUCUCCGAGCAUUGGAUCACCUGCAGCAGUUGUUCCCCACUGGAAGAUUCCGCUCCAAGCAGAUCUACGAGCAGGAGAUGAAAAGAGGCCACAUUGAGGUAGACCUGGACAAAUUGCUGCUCUUUGGCACAGCUGGCAGUGGCAAGACGUGCUCCCUCGCUGCACUGCUUGGAGUGGACCCUCCCACCAUCCGACGCAGCACUCCACUGAUGAAAAGACCCAUCGAGGUCGUGUUCGUGGAAGUCGACGGCAAAAAACAGUGGAAGAAGCGAACAUUAGACCAACUGCCAGACGCAAUCGCUGAAGUAAUCAAGUCGCGAAUGCCACGGCAACAGUCAGUGGCACAGAGCAGUGGUGGCCCAGCCUCCCCCCGACCAGCAGCCUCCCCACACCGCAGCCAGCCAGUCAGCUCAGCCAACUCCAGAGAAGAGGAAUGGCUCCACAUCUGA